UUUUAUUACAUACUACUGAUAUAAUACAUAUAUAGUUUCAAAACAUUCCAAUUAUAGUUUCCGAAAAAAUCUACAUUAAAAGUUGUAGCCUGUGAGACGACACGUCACCUAUAGUGUUAUAAAUUUUUCACGUCACUAGUUAAAGGAUAUCUGUAAGAAUUUUGACAUUCAUUUCGUCUUUUUACCGGCAAAUUCAACACAUCUCACACAGCCGCUGGAUGUGGCGUUUUUCCGCCCGAUGAAAGUAGCCUGGCGUCAAAUUCUUCAAAAAUGGAAGAAAACGGACGGCCGUUCACUAUCAUGUGUACCAAAAGGUUGCUUCCCAAGGAUGUUAAAGUUGCUCAUGGAUCAAAUUAAUAUAAAUUCGGAAAAUAAUAUUAGAGCAGGAUUUCGUAAGACUGGUAAGCAUUAUAGUGAUACAGAUAAUUCAUUUUACUAUGUUUUCUUUAAUAUAUUAAAGUACCUAUCCUGAAAUAAAUUAUAAUUAUAUGAAUGUUCCUUUAUUAUGUAUCAGUCCAUUAAAUCCUAAUGAAGUGUUGGCAAGAUUACCGGAAGAGGCGCAGAAUGAUGAAGAGGCUAAAGAAGCUAUAGACAAGUCAGUUUUAAAGGAGACUGGGACUUCUGGGCCCAAUUGUUUCUGAUUGGAAUAAGUGGAGUUAUGGCUUAAAAAAAAGGUUAUUUUUUUUCUAUUUCAUACUUUCAUCAACGCAAUUUACAAUCUGGGAAAUAAAAAAUCCAAUAAUUAAGUUAGGGUUACGAAGUAAUUGGAAUAUCGAUUCAAUUGUAAUCGAUUUACGGUACAGAGUUCAUACUAUUUACGAAAAUGCUUUAAGUAUUUCUAUGAUGAUCGGAUGAUUUAUUUAAUUAAAAUAAUAAAAUCUAUUAGAAUUACAGUAUUCAGAGUUAAAACUAAAUAAUUAUCUACAUAAUUAAUAUAAGUCGAUUCACAUUUAAUCAUCGAUUAUUAUAUUUUUAAUCUGUGCAACCCUGACUUGACAUUGACAUGCAAUCAAUGACAUCGAUCGGCACCAAGUAUAUGUUUAACGUCUUUGUUUUUUAUUGAUAUUUUUCUCGACCCGGCUUUCCUACGGACUUGUGAUCUUCCUCCGUCUACGGCCCUUGCCUUGCUACCAUACUGGACACCGAGAACCCCGCUUAAACGUUGAACUUGGACUUGUUAUUUUGGAUUCUACGAACAGCCUACCGAUAGGAUAUUGAUCGACAUCAUGGAUCGUUGUAUAAAUUGUGGCAUAGCGACUAGUCGCUGCAAUACACUAGGGCAUCGAGCUUUGGAUGACGAAAUUAUAUUAGCAGUGAUUCGAAAAUGGCGUGAACCACAAUCAGUAAACAGCAAUGACCAUGUUUGCUGGGACCUGGCUCAAAGAUCACCUCUUGGUGAAGCUAGAAAACUUGGCCACCGUAGUAUUUGUCUCCGAUGUGGACGUUCUCUGGCAUCUAGAGUCAGCCAUUUACUACACACUGGCUCACCUCGUGAAUUGAGAAUUUAUAAUGUUAUUCAAGAAUGGAUUAUGCCUAGAGCUAUAGAAGUUACCAGUCGCAUAUGCCAUGCUUGUUUGGUAGCUGCAGACAGAGCUGCUGUCUUAUGGCCUGUCGCCCAUCAACUUCUUCUCAAGCAAGUCGAAUUGAAGAAAUACAGCCACCAGUACAAUUUCUUGCUGUUGACCUUCCUGUUGAAGAAACACAGCCACCGGAACAAGUUCUUGCUGCUGACUCUUCCGUUGAAGAAGUGCAGCCACCAGUACAAGUUCAUGCUGUUGAUCUUCCAGUUGAAGUAAUACAGCCACCGGCACAUGUUAUUGCUGCUGACCCUCCAGUAGAAGAAGCCAGAAGAAAUCAGCUGGAACCUACUAUUGUAUUACCAGAUUACAUGAGAGCUAUUGAAACAGAAAGGAGAUGCUUUAUUGAAGGAUG